AAUUUAUUAAAAGUUGGAAUUCAAAAUAUUGUACGAUUGGGGAGUCGAUCAAGGUCUGAAAUUAUUAGAGAUUUUAAUUUAGAAGAGAUAUGCCGAAAUCGUGCUCGUUCUAAACAUCAAGGAUGGUUGUUAGCUCAGGGAUAUAAAGAACUUGAAGAAAUUGAAAAAAAGGCAGAACGAUUACAAAGUAGUUUAACUAACAAGUUUUUAGACUGGAAUGAUGUUACUCAAUAUUUGAAAGUGGAUUACCCAGAACAUUUGAGAAAUUUUCAGUAUCCAGAUAUACCAGACUUUUUACUUGAAAUUACAGUUGAAGACGAUGAAGAUGAUGGAAGAUGGAGAAAAGCCAAAAAGAAAAAUAAAAAACGAUCUAUAUUUCGUCAAUGGAUUGAUUGUGAUGAUUUGAAUACUGCACAGAUGUGGGCUGAUAAUUUAAGAAAUAAAAAAGCUGAAGAACAACAAAAAAAAGUUGAUGAUAAUAAAUAUGAAGUUCUUAGUAAUUAUGAUGACGAUGAAGAACAAUAUAAUCAAGACGAAGAAGAUUCUAAUGAAUAUGCUAAUGAAUAUGAUGAUUACAUACAAAAUUGGCUCCUUUCUUGGACAAGACCUAGUGGUAACCGACCUGUGGAAGAUCUAAUAAUUGAUCCCAACGUUUGGCAAAUGUCUCAUACCGAAAGAGUAACUUUGUAUGAAUAUUGGAAGGAGGAUAUUAAAUCUGAAUCUUUUGAUGAGCUUGACAAAAUUCAAAAAAUGUAUGAAGCGAAAAAAAAGGAAGUUGAAGAGAUUUAUGAUGAAGGCCGUCGUCAGAUUCUUCGAAACUGUGAUGUAAUAGGAAUGACAACAAAUGGAGCAGCCAAAUUUCAAACUUUAAUUCGUUCUAUUGGACCACGUAUAAUCAUUUGUGAGGAAGCAGGUGAGGUCUUGGAAGCACAUAUCUUGAGUGCACUAACACCAGCGACGCAACACUUGAUUCUUAUUGGUGAUCACAAUCAGCUUCGUCCUCAUUGCGCUUCGUACUCUUUAACAUGUGAUUCGAAAACUGGAAUAAAUUACGCUCUUGACAAAAGUCUUUUUGAGCGCCUUGUUAAUGGUGAUCAGACAAUGCGUCUAGAAAAAUCGCAAUUGCACACGCAAAGAAGAAUGAGAAAAGAAGUUUCUGACUUAAUUCGGUUUACACUAUAUGAAAAACUCGUUGAUGAUGAAAAAACCGUUAAUUACCCAAAUGUACGCGGUGCUCAGAAAAAUGUCUAUUUUAUGGAUCAUCGUUAUCCUGAAGAUUCAGGAGAAAAUGAUUUUGCAAUAAAUUCACAUUCAAACGCCUUUGAGGUGGAAAUGGUAGUUGAACUUGUUAAGUAUUUCGUUCGCAAUGGCUACAAUAAACCAAAUCAAAUUGCGGUGUUGACUCCAUAUCUCGGACAACUUAUUAAAAUAAGAGACGCACUGCAAAAAUCAUUUGUUGUGAUAAUUGACGAGCGUGAUGAUCAAUUGAUUACUAAUAUGGAGGAAAGCAUGGAUGCUGAAAAUGAAAAAAAUGAAAAUACAGAUGGCGGGCCAACAACUUUCACUACUGCUUCUGAAAAGAAGUUGUCUCAACAAGUUGUUCUUCGUACAGUUGACAAUUUUCAAGGAGAAGAAGCCGAUAUAGUGAUUGUGUCGCUUGUUCGUAAUGCCGGAAAUGUGAAUCGUGGAAAUAUUGGAUUUUUGAAGUCAACGAAUCGUUCUAAUGUUCUAUUGUCACGUGCCAAGCAUGGCAUGUACCUUUUGGGAAAUUCAGAACUUAUGGAAAAGCAUUCAGAAUUUUGGAGAAAAGUUUUGCUAAUUUUACACGAACGUGGUCAAAUUGGGCCAGGAUUCCCAAUCAUAUGUGCUCAACAUCCAUAUUAUAAAAAUGCCAUAUAUGAAGCUGGACAAUUCAGUGAAGUUUCUCCAGACGGUGGUUGUUUCGAGCCCUGCCAACAACAGUUAAAGUGCGGGCAUACAUGUCCAUAUAAAUGUCAUUCGGAUGAUCCGCAACACAUUGGUGUUUUUUGCAGAAAAGAUUGCACGAGAUUGCAUCCAGAUUGUGGGCAUCCAUGUAGAGAUAAAAUGUGUGGAGAAGAGUGUGGCAAAUGUUAUUGGCCGAUUGAAAACAUUGCAUUACCAUGUGGACACGAAUAUAAAAAUGCCAAGUGUAACGAUAAUAAAAAUAAAGAGAGACUCCGUUGUCGUGAAAUGGUUCUAAGAAAAUUGCCUAAAUGUGAACAUGAACAUUUAAUGGAGUGUCAUGUAUCAGCUGAUGUUUUCGAAUGUACAGAAAAAUGUAAAAAACUUCUCCCUUGUGGACAUAUCUGCAUGUCUACAUGCUAUGAUUGCCAGGAGUUGUCUGAGAAAGCGAAUCCAAAUAAUCCGCCUUUAGACACCGUCACAUAUGUAAAGAAAGAUGUCAUGAUGGUCGAUCGUGUAAACCUUGUAAAAGUCUCUGUAAUGUUUCUUGUGUGCAUUCAAGAUGCAAACAAAUCUGUUCGGAACCUUGCUCGGUGUGUGCUGAAGUUAAAUUUUAUAGAAUGCGAAUGGCAAUGUGAACAUGAGGGUGCUUGCAACUUACCGUGUGGUGUACCUUGCAUCCGACUUCCAUGCGAUUUGCGAUGUGAAAAAUUGCUAAGUUGUGGACAUCAAUGUUUUGGUCUUUGCGGCGAGAAAUGCCCAUCAUCAAAGUACUGUGCAGAUUGCACUACAGAUGAUAAUGUCAAAAAUCAAGUUGUUGAUUUGAUUAUGCAAGAAACGUUUGCAGAAGUGGAUUGGACUCUUGAACGAAUGGUUGUUUUAGAGUGUGGUCAUGUAUACACAGCAGAAAGCUUAGAUAAUUGGAUGAAUAUGAAAGAAUAUUACGAAAUAGAUAAUGACAACAACUGGAUCCGUAUCAAACCAAUUACCUCGAAAAUAAUAGAUUCGAAAAAUUGUCCACAAUGCCGUGCUCCAGUUAAGACUAUAUAUCGUUACGGAAGAGCAACGAAAAAACAUGUUUUGGAUAUACAGAACAAAAAAUUUUUAAUGAAAUGUGAAUACCAAUUGAAAGAACAAAACAGAAGUAUUAAGAAUGCUACAGCACAACUAGAAAAUAAGCGAAAGAAAAUUUUGGAUGAAAUUAAAAUGCCUCCGAAAGUUAAAAGCAAAAAAGAAAUGAACAUUAUGGAAAAAGAUCCUGCAUUUCAAGGAAUUCCAGAAGUUAUACCAACAGAACAAUACAUAUUACUUGAAAAAUAUCAUAUCCCGACAUCGCAUGACGAAAGAUGGAGUAAUCAUAUAUCCGUGCUUCUAGCCAUAUAUCGAAAGUUGAUGCGAUUAAUGUUGGCGACCAAGUCUCCUCCAUAUAAAUUAGCAUACGAGGCUGCAGUAUCUCUAUUGUAUAAUUCUAAAACCAAAGUUAAUAUGGAUGAUCUAGUCAAAAAUUUUGAAUCUUUGGAUAUUUCAAAUUAUGAUUCUCCUGCACGUCAGCGUCUCAAAUUUCAGGAAACUUUGGCGGAAGUUGGGAUAAUUGCUCCAAAAGUAGAUGUCCGUGUAUAUCUUGAUGCAUUUUUUGACAUAGUUAAUAUUCAAAAGGCAAUCUUUCAUGAAAUUUCCAUGAUUAUUCCAGAGUUUCCAAAAGAAACUGUUGCAACAGAAACAGCAGUUCAGCGCGUUUCUUAUAGCAAAAAUUGGAUUACCUUUGGUGAAUAUAUAAUCGGAACCAUUCGAAAACACCUUGAUUCAAUAAUUACUAAAGCUCAGCGUUCAUCUUAG